AUUUAAUUACGGAUCUCUGUUCGCACAAAAUAUAAUACGAACCGUUUUUCCUCGCGUUUACCCUUUUUUGUGCAUUUAAAUGUGUCUGAUUUUACCAUUUGCUAAGAACAAAGACCUUUCCUCAGGAGAUAAAAGCCGUUCUCGAGUGUCUUUUCACCGGACGCGCGCAUUGAUUCUGGAGCCAGUGUUUUUGUUAGUGAGCGAUCCUGGGACGAGCGCUCGGUCUGUCGGCAUGUUAGGAUACCCGUCUGAAGGAUUAUAAACCACCGGUAAAAACAGUAUUGCAGUCGCUAAAGUUGGUGAAAUCCAAGAUUAAAAACAGUGAUGGAUCAUUUGGCGACUACUAGUAGUGCCCAGGGGCCGGCCCUGUGUGAGCCCUCUUAUCCUCCCUGUAAAAUGGCCCGUAUAGAGAAUUGUAGAGAUCUACCUGUACCUGGAGUCACACCUGUUAGCUCCAAACAGACAUCACACACUAACAGGAGGAAAGGUAGUUUGCUUCCAGUAUUCUGCAUGGUGGAGCAAAGUGAUGUCCCACCAUCCGAAGGGAAGAGGCCGGAGCAUGCAGAAUUUGUGCUGCUGAAGAAAGACCUGCUGUUCAGCCAGAUUACAGAAGCUGCAUUGCAAGAGCUGGGAUACACACACACCGCAGCAGCUCUGGCUACAGGUCAGAUUCAAGUUGGCCAUUGGAACCCUGUGGCUCUGUCCAGCGUGACAGACAUCUCUGAUGCAACAGUAGGAGACAUGCUUCAAGACCUGUACCACGUCAUCACCUUAAGAAUAAAGCUGCACAGUGUUUCUAAAUUAGAGGACUUGCCCGCUGAGCAAUGGACUCAUUCUACAGUCAGAAAUGCUCUGAAGGAUCUACUAAAAGAGAUGAAUCAGAGCACAUUGGCUAAAGAGUGUCCAUUAUCACAGAGCAUGAUUUCAUCCGUGGUAAAUGGCACCUACUAUGCCAGCAUCUCUGCUGCGAGGUGUCAAGAGUUCGGCCAGUGGUACAAACACUACAAGAGGACAAAAGCUAUAAUGGGUGACAUGAGCAGGCAGUGCAUUCAGCCCUCGUCCUCCAGUCAGCCCUCAAUGUUCCAGCAGCCAAUGGAGGGCAGCAGUGCAGAGUCACGUGGUGUCGUCCAGAUGCAGGCUGGGAUGCCUGGUCUAGUUAUGGCUCAGCUUCUCUCACAGCAACACGCCAUGUCCCAGCUCCUCACACACGCUCACACCCACUCGCACAUACCUCAUCCUGCACCUCUAAAGACUCCUCCCAAAUGCAAUGUGUCGCCUCCAACAGUAACUCAGUGUCCUUCUCCUGUCACCGACGUGUCACCUGAAAUUUACCACUGGGUGCGCGAGGAGCUAAAGAGGGCAGGCGUUUCUCAAGCUGUGUUUGCACGAGUUGCCAUUAACAGGACACAGGGCCUGCUAUCGGAGAUCUUGAGAAAGGAAGAGGACCCAAGAUGUGCAUCUCAGUCUCUAUUAGUGAACCUGAGAGCCAUGCAGGGCUUCCUGCAGCUUCCACAGAGCCAGAGAGACUCCAUCUAUGUGGAGGAACGAGAGAGAAACCUCAACACUGCCUACAACACUAAUACAAGCUCACCUCUGCCCAUUCAGGCCAAACUCUCUCCUGUUUCCAAGGAUAUUGUAGUGAAAGUGGAAUGCGAUGAUACUGGAAUAAACUACGGCAUCUAUGAGGAAAUACAGCAGGAAAUGAGGCGGGCAAAAGUGUCACAGGCCUUGUUUGCAAAAGUCUCUGCAGCCAAGAGUCAGGGCUGGCUGUGUGAGCUGCUACGCUGGAAGGAGGAACCAUCUCCUCAGAAUCGUACUUUGUGGGAAAACCUGUCUUUGAUACGGCAGUUUCUAAACCUCAGCCAAUCAGAGCGAGAUAUUAUAUAUGACCAGGAAAGCAAUACUGGGCAGACGUUCUACUCGGAGAAACACACAAGACCACUGACUGAACAACUGCAGGUGAUUCCACAGCAUAUGGUGACUCUAAAGCAGCACCAACAACUGCACAAAAUUCCACCUCAGCACCAUCAGCUCUUCCUCCAACACCAUCUCAUGGCCGGAAGUCUUAAAGACACUUACAUGGCCCCAAAUCUCGGAGGCAGGUCUUUACCACCGGAAGCCCACGCCAUCCUGCAGAGUUUCAUUCAGGAAGUUGGACUACAUCCAGAUCAGGAGGCCAUUCACACAUUAUCUGCUCAACUGGGUGUAGCCAAAGAGGCCGUUCUCAGCUUCUUCAGUGGUCACAAUUGGCUCAGACAAGAGCAAGACAACAGGAGAGAAAUUGAGAUCGAGGACGUAGAAGACGAUUACAUGGAGGCGGAGGAUGAAUUCGAGGAAAACACAGAGAAGACAAAUGCAAGCAUGAUGACGGGGAAACAAGACCUUAGUGCAGACGAGCAGAACGCAGCUACACAAACACGGUUUAUCAUUACUAUUAAACAGGAGGAGGAGUUUCCAUGCAAGGAGGAGAAUGGUGAAAGCCCCGCCCACUGCCAGUUCAUAAACUCAUAAAUAUGCAUACACUACUGUUCAAAUGUUACAAAAUUACAAAAUUAAUAUGUGUAUUCAGCAAAGACACAUGAAUCUAUUAAAGGUCCCAUGAAAUAUUUUUUUUUAGAUAUGAUAGACAUUUAAAAUAUGACAAAUUCAGUUCAAAUGCUGUUCUUUCGAAUGAACAUUCAUCAAUCUUGAAAAAUGAAUCUUCGUUUACACAAAAGUUUGACUUUAGCAUCAAAUCAGCAUAUUAGCAUGAUUUCUAAAGGAACAUGUGACACUUGAAGUCCCAGUGAAAUCAAAAUAACGAGUCAGGAAAGUGGCGGUGAUUCCAGCUUUGUUCAGGUGGGAGUGUCAAGUGGCGAAAGAGAGACGGGUUUGCAUAAAAGGGGACGUGCACUAUUAUUACGUGCACUACAACUGAUUUUCACAGAGGCAAGUCUUUUUUAAAAAAAAGACGAGUGGCUAAUCCGGAUUUCACCAUUUCCAGAUUCAAAAAGCUCUCGGGUUAAAAAAAAAAGUUCCUUACAAACAUAUUUUUGUUACGUGUUAGCAGACCACUGUAAUCCACACUCGUGGGUCCACACGCAAGCUGUGCUUUCAUCACGGGGAAAUAGAAACAAAACCUUCAUUGCGGCACAUUUAUAAACGCAACACUGACGACCCAUGUCUCCGAACAAUUCUUCUACUACUAGUUUUAAUUACAGUUGGCAACACAACGUGGCGUCUCUCUGAACACUGUAACAGGUAAAAAGAGUCUUCGAAGCUUUAUUAUGCCUUAAUUUAUAAAUUGCGAGGUCCAGAUCGUACAGAUCGGGGUAACGGAUCCGGCAUGUUACCAGAAGAGGGAGAGGUGUCGCGGAUGAAAAGGAAGCGUGGGGGUUUGGGAGGUGUUGCGGACGAAAGUGAAGAGCGAGGCAUGUGAGGAGGGGGAAAGGUAUAUGCUGAUAGCUGUAUGCAUAUUAAUGAAGUUGCAUCUCGUUCACAAUAGAGCACGCUGAUUGGUUCGAACCAAGUCUUUUUCAUGAAUAAACGCCGAAAACUCAAUGACGUCACUUUGUACCGCCCGGUAUAGACAGCCACGCUGGAAUUUACACAAUGAUCUCAUCGACGUGACGUAGCUUUAAAAUGUAAUUUUUUUUUUUUUUUUAACCGGAAGAACGAAUUUGCUCUAAACAACGCAAAAACAACCAAUUUUCACUUGUUAGCUAAAUAAUUGUUUCCUAAUGACUGUCAACAUCUCAAAAAAUGUGUUUUUGGUGUUUUGUGACCCUUUAAGGUAUUCUAUAAGCUAGUGUGCUACAAAACCUUGCCAAAAUUUGAAUUUAGAAGAUAUAAACAUCCAAAGUUUGCAGUUUUUCACUUCCACCUAAACAGACCAAGGUUUUUUUGACGUCACCUCAUACUUUUUUCAUCAAAUCUUCUGACCAAUCAAAUGCUCUAUAUUAUCUCACAUGUCCCACCCCCUUCAACAUGCUAUCCGCCUGUUAAGUGAGACAUCACACAAAACAGCUUCCAAGCGCUGUUUUAAAAUGUGUAGGGAGACUUAACGAAUGGUAAUAAUACAUGUUUAAGUGUAAGUAAGUGUAAGUGUAAUGUAAUUCUUUCGAAAAUCUUUAUCGCAAUAUAUAUAUAUCUAUGCCUAAUAUCCAAUGGCCAGAAAGUGAUUAGUUUUUUUAUAAAUUGAUAAAAUGUUGGUGUUUGUGAUGCAGCAAGUCCAGAAACUGUUGUGUACAUCAUGAUUUAUACAAAAUUCACUUUAAUUUGUGAUGACUAAAAAGUGGUCAAAAACUAAUAUCUUCUCAAUUCAAAUGAGUAGCGGCUUGGACCUGGAAACAGUAUUUAAUACGUCACGACUUAACAAGCAGAUAUGUGCUUAAGCUAAACAACUCUCACAAAAAAUUAAAAGGGGGAGGGGCUACUCUAAGUCCCACUGUCUUCAUGUUGGAGUUUAAAUUGCGUUACAUUUCGAAUAUAACGCGUUACAUUUUCAAGUACACAUUUCAAAGCACUUCAUGGGACCUUUAAGGGUGAAUUAAUGGUGCUGAAAGUUUAGUUUGUCUUCAGUAGAUUACAUUUUCAAAUGUAUACACAGAAAAUUUCAUUAUUUACCAAUUAUUAUUUAGUUAACAAAUUAACAAUUAUUCCACCGAUUUUAAAAUACACUCACCGGUCACCUCACCGGUCACCUUACUAGUACAGGGUUGGACCCCUUUUUGCCUUCAGAACUGCCUUAAUCCUUCUUGGCAUAGAUUCAACAAGUUACUGGAAAUAUUCCUCAGAGAUUUCGGUCCAUAUUGACAUGAUAGCAUCACUGUAGAUUUGUCGGCUGGAUAUGCAUGAUGUGAAGCUCCUGUUCCACCACAUCCCAAAGGUGCUCUAUUGGAUUGAGUUCUGGUGAUUGUGGAGGCCAUUUGAGUACAGUUAACUUAUUGUCAUGUUCAAGAAACCAGAUUUGGACCCACAGAUCUGCCGCUCACUGGAUAUUUUUUUAUUUUUCGGACCAUUCUUUGUAAACCCUAGAGAUGGUUGUGUAUGAAAAUCCUAAAAGAUCAGUAGUUUCUGAAAUACUUAGACCAGCCUGUCUGGCCGAACAACCAUGCCACGUUCAAAAUCACUUAAAUCACCUUUCUUCCCCAUUCUGAUGCUCUGUUUGAACUGCAGCAGAUUGUCUUGACCAUGUCUAAACGCAUUGAGUUGCUGCCAAUGGAUGAUUAUGAAUUUGCGUUAACGAGCAGUUGGACAGGUGUACCUAAUAAAGUGGCUGGCGAGUGUGUUUCUCAUCACAUACAUGGAAUUUGGCCAACUAUAAGAGACUUUAAAAACAUACCAGAUUCUUCCCAAAACCAAACUUUUGAACAGUAGUGUAUUAAAUCCCAUACAAACACAUAAACAGCAAUGAAAACCGGGUGAUUUUACAGUUUAAUGUAGCGUAUUUACUGUUGUGCCUUUAUGCACAAGGUGUUUUGGUAAAACCUCAAGACUUUGGAUGGACUAUGGAGGUGGAAUACUGAGGAUUUUAUGAAGAAAAUGCCACGGAAAGCAUUAAAUGAAUCCCACUGUUCUUAUUUAUUAAAACUAUGUUAUAUUAGUGUUGUUAUUAUUAUUAUUAUUAUUAGGGGUGUAAAAAUGUUUCUGACAAUGGAAUUUGUGGUUGUAAUAUUUAAAGCAAACCGCGUCACCAUUUUUCAAGCAUUGAAUCACAAUUAGAUCAUUGUUAGAGCAAAUAUUUACACCCCUGCACUAAUAUGAUUUGCAAUUUUAUAGUAGUGUUAUUUAUUGUUUGUCUCUCAUUUUCUGCUUAAAUGAUCAAUUGAGGACGGAUCAUAUCAGUCAGUGUUAAAGGUGGCGUAUUCAACACACAACAACUGUUACCCAGAGACUUUGAAACCAUGAUGUAUUAUACAGUAUAUUUAGAAGGAAAACGGCACAUUACUGUAUUAUUGUCAAUAGAACAAAACACAAUAGAAAAAGCACUUUGAAUUACAGUGAAUAGUUCUCUCUCUAACUAAUAACAAUAAAUCUGUACUGUUUGUUACUGUU